CGAACAAGCACGACCUCACACAACAUUUUGUCUCGCCUAUCUUACGAGCUCACGUUGUAUCGAAAAACGCUCUGACUUGGAGGCUAUAUGCCGAUGCUAACUUGCCGGGCCCACUCGAUUGCCUAACGAUGCCAAUCGAAUUGCCGCUGGAAAAGGCCACCUCGUCUUUAUACACGUUGGCGCAAAUGAGAGGCUACUUAGCCCUAGAUGUGAUGAAGAGCCGCGAAGCUCUAUCAAGCAACACGCAGCGCCACUACAAGGCUUGAGGUACAUUCUGCUGUUGCAAGUGGACCGCUAAUGUCCCCGAACUCAAUCCUGCGCACAGGAGUUGGAGAAUCUAAUGCCCUGCGUACUGUCGACUACUGGUCAUCUGACUUUCAAACCCCGCACUUCUCGCGAUGUCUGAACAAAGCUUCUCGAUGACUAUGAAGAGUCCGAGAACUUGGUUUUUAUAGCUGAACACAAUGCAGCUGUUCUCCACGAAACACUUCCAGCUUGGCAUGGGGCCAAUGGGCUUGGAAGUGGGCGACAAGGUCACUAUUCUCCAUGGGUCCGGAACACCAUGCACCUUGAGAGCGGUCGACGAGGCGCAGAAUGAGCACAGAGCCAUAUCUCAAUGCUUUCUGGACGGCUGGAUGUUCGGCAAGCAUCCCAAAGCCGCUUCCUCAUCAGCGAUGGUGGGAGGAGGAGCCAGAUGAGUUCAUACUAGUGUAAGACUGCAAUAAAUUACCAUAC